UUUCACUCUAGUUUCUAUAUUCUUUUUUCUUUCCAUAUAUAUUUACACCCUUCAAACAUCUCUCACCACAGCAGAAACAGAGUCACCGGAAAAUUCAUCUUCGGCGACACACAAAACAAAAAAAAAGUUCAUAUAUUUAGAUUCUGGUGACUCUCUGCUCUAAUGGGUCAAUCGCAAAACUCUCUCUUUCUUUUUCUACUUCUUGUUUUCAUCUAUGGCGUUUCCUCCACUACUUUCACCGUCAUUAACCAGUGCAGCUACACUGUCUGGCCUGGCCUUCUCUCCGGCGCCGGAACCGCUCCUUUACCCACCACCGGGUUCUCUUUAAACCCGACUGAAACACGCGUCAUCCCAAUCCCCGCCGCUUGGUCCGGCCGUAUUUGGGGCCGUACUCUCUGCACACAAGACGCAGCCACCGGAAAAUUCACUUGCGUCACCGGCGACUGCGGCUCAUCCGCCGUGGAAUGCUCAGGUUCCGGCGCCGCACCUCCGGCGACGCUAGCUGAAUUUACCUUAAACGGAGCCGGUGGUCUCGACUUCUACGACGUCAGUCUCGUCGACGGAUACAACAUUCCUAUGACGAUCGUCCCACAAGGCGGCGUCUCCGGAAACUGCACCACCACUGGCUGCGUUGCGGAGCUCAACGGCCCGUGUCCUGCGCAGCUGAAAGUGGCGACGACGGGGACUGAAGGAGUAGCUUGCAAAAGCGCUUGUGAGGCGUUUGGGACGCCGGAGUAUUGCUGUAGCGGCGCGUUUGGAACGCCGGACACGUGUAAGCCAAGCGAAUACUCGCUGUUCUUCAAAAACGCGUGUCCGAGAGCUUAUAGUUACGCUUACGACGACGGAACUAGCACUUUCACUUGCGGCGGAGCUGAUUACGUCAUCACUUUCUGUCCUUCUCCUAACCCAAGUGUGAAGAGUGCAACGAAGGGAGGAGGACUUGAGACCGAAGCCGUAAGCUACUCUGCUGCAUCUCCAAACGCGUCCCCAACUCUCUCUACUACGGUGUCUUCGAUUGGUGUUUUGGUUGUCGCGUUUAGGGCGGUUCAACGCCUUUGGUGAAAGCCGUGCGGAUCUGAUUUUAAUAACAGCAUCAUUCGAUUCAUCUAAGAGAAAUUAAGAACAGAUCAUCAACCAAAUUAAGAUGAUCAGAAGAAAGUGUUAAUUAGUCCGAGAUGAUUAUUUUUAGAACGGCUAAGCUUGUGUGUGGUCCUAAAGUGCUAAGGAUCAAUUUGUUUUAGAUUGAGUAGUUAUAUAGUAUAGUUAUUACUUAUUAGUUGCUACGUAAUUUGUUUAGACAUGUUGGUGGCCUUUACGGUGUUAUGUAGGAGACAUAUAAUAGUUUUGAUUGCAGAAUUAGUUGAUUGGUAA